CAACGACAUACCGAACUACCUCGACCAGCAACAGAGGAAUCAGAUAUUGAACUGUUAACAGAGUCUACGCUAAAUCGAUGUGACAUGUCUUGAGUGGUGACUUUGUUGUUGAGAAUCAGAGCUUACCUAGCAGCCGGCUUUGCUUUCUCAUACGAGGUUAUUUAUUGUUGUUGUUAUCAUCCAUGAGAUGGCCCGACCUCGAGCCGAUACGGGGAACUAUCCAAAGGAACCGCAUUCUGUUUCUUUGAAAGUCCUGAGACUAUCGCGGCCAUCGCUGGUUCAACAGCAUGCAUUACCGCGCGACAGCGACAUCCGGAUCCCCCACACCGCAUCACUAGCAUAUCCAUCCGAAACCUCGGAUCCUGAGUUUGCAUUAUCUAACAAUCUCUCAUUACCGCCUUCAUUUGGCUCCGCUCACGUCGGAGAAACAUUUUCUUGUGCGUUAUGCGCGAACAAUGAAUUGAUCCCUGGAUCGACCACAACCAAGACAGCCACGGGGACAAAAAUCCUAGCUGAGAUGCAGACGCCUACUCAAUCGGUUCCGUUGGAGUUGGAAGCGGCUGAUGGGCUGGAUUUCUCGGAGGAAACGAUGCCUGGUGAGAGUCUGCAGCGGAUUAUCCGGUAUGAUCUCAAGGAGGAAGGCAACCAUGUCUUGGCGGUCAAUCUGUCAUACACCGAGACGACGAGUGGUGAUGGAUCGGCGACAAGUGGACGAGCUCGUUCGUUUCGGAAAUUAUACCAGUUCCUGGCCCAGCCGUGUAUCAGUGUGCGCACCAAAGCCACUGAGUUGGCACCGCGGGAGGUUCCCGACAAGUCGCAUGGUCCGUAUGGAAGACUGCCGUUGUUGAGGUAUGCUCUGGAGGCGCAGCUCGAAAAUGUGUCGGACUCGACGAUUGUCUUGGAAGACGCAAAACUGCAGACGAAAUCGCCGUUCAAAUCCACCUCGUUGAAUUGGGAUGCUGAGCAGCAUGAGGGAGCAGACGUUGACAACCCGAUCCUGAAUCCACGAGAUGUCAUGCAGGUCGCUUUUGUGGUGCAGCAGGUUCAGGGAGAGACCAAUGGUUUGGAAGAGCUGAAAGCCAGUUUGAGGAGAGAUGGGAGAGCUGUUCUGGGUCAGUUGGCCAUUCAGUGGAGGACGUCUAUGGGUGAGAAGGGAUCUUUGAGCACGGGUAACCUCUUGACACGCCGGAGAGGUUGAUUGAUUGAUGGCUGGAUGGAUGAAAGCCAAGCACAUACUUGAUAGAAUACAGUGUUGUAGACCAGGCAUCC